AUGCUUCAAACACAAAAAAACAGUAAUUCCCUUUUAAGAAGAUCUUCCACUUCCUCUUUUACAAAUUUUCACGCGAAACAGCUUAAACCCUUUAAUUCUGGAGAUAUAAAAAUAUUGCUGUUGGAAAAUGUGAGCCAGUCUGCCGUUGAAAUUCUGGUCAAAGAAGGGUACCAAGUAGAAACGCAUCCCAAAGCUCUUCCUGAAGAUGUCCUCAUUGAAAAAAUUCGCGAUGUGCAUUGUAUUGGAAUUCGGUCUAAAACAAAACUUACUCAAAAAGUCCUCCAAGAAGCGAAAAAACUCAUGGUGAUUGGUUGUUUCUGUAUCGGUACGAAUCAAGUCAAUUUGGAAUUCGCCGCGAAGCAAGCUAUUGCCGUAUUUAAUUCUCCCUUCAGUAAUAGUCGAAGUGUAGCAGAAUUGGUGAUUUCUGAAAUUAUCGCGUUAUCAAGGCAAUUAGGUGAUCGUAAUACAGAAUUACAUUCAGGAAUAUGGCAUAAAGUAUCAGCAAAUUGCUAUGAGAUACGUGGGAAAAGCCUUGGAAUAAUUGGUUAUGGUCAUAUUGGAUCACAAUUAUCAGUUCUCGCAGAAGCCAUGGGAAUGACGGUAUAUUUUCAUGAUAUACUUCAACUUAUGCCUUUAGGUUCUGCUAAGCAAGUUAGUUCUCUUGAAGAACUUUUAGAGUUAUCUGAUUUUGUUACCAUACACGUUCCUGAAACUGAGGAAACAAAAAAUAUGAUUGGUGAAAAAGAAAUUAAUCAAAUGAAAAAAGCAAGUUAUUUAAUAAAUGCAUCACGCGGUACUGUAGUUCAAAUUCCAGCUUUAGUUAAGAACUUGAAGAGUGGACAUUUGGCAGCAUUAGACGUAUAUCCACGUGAACCUGGCUCAAAUGGACCUCAUUUUGAUGAUCAAUUAAAUACAUGGGCAUCAGAACUCUUGAAAUGCAAGAAUGUAAUAUUGACACCACAUAUUGGUGGAUCUACUGAAGAGGCUCAGAAAAGUAUCGGCAUCGAAGUUUCUACGGCGCUUUAUAAAUACAUUAAUUAUGGAACGUCAAUUGGAGCAGUUAAUUUCCCUGAAAUUGAUCUUCGAGCCAUUCAAAUUACGGAGGAAAAGAAAAUUCGUAUUCUUUUUGCUCAUCAUAAUGUUCCCGGUGAAAUCAAUGAAAUUCUUUCCGAUCAUAAUGUCGAAAAGCAAUAUUCUGAUUCAAGAGGUGAAAUUGCAUAUAUGAUGGCCGAUGUUUCUGAUGUUGACGAGAACGAUAUUAGUAAAAUUUAUACAUCUAUUAGUUCUACUAAAUCAAAUAUAUUGACUAGAAUU